CGUGGCUAGUGAUGUUCCUGGUUACCUCAGCACACUACCAAAUUCCAAUUCUAACCGCGGGUGGCAGUGCAAGUAUCUUGCCACACGACGACUACGACGACUUCUUUGAUCUUAAAGUUAGGAUGGGCCGCUGGACGCAAUACGAUGAAGACUCAUACCGCCUCCCAGAAGGCAUGGAACGCAUUGGCUACGACUCGGACACCCAAACGUACUUUUACCGCGAUGCGAAUGGAGACACGUGGAAGGGUGCUGAAGGAGCUGAAUAUAGCGAAAUGACCCGUGUAUCCGACGCUUCAUCAAGCACGGAAGAUAUCGAAGCUGCCCCUCGUCGCACAGACGGGUACCAGGAGCUCGCUACUGACCUCGAUCGCCCUAUGGUCCCAACGACCUACACUCCCCAGCCCGGCGCUUACCGCACUCUCUUCCCCUUCUUCCUAAUAAUCGCCGUCGUUCUCCUACUUGUAUGGCGCCUCAUCCUCUCACCCGGCUUGUCUGUGCCCAAGAGCCCUUGCUCGGAGGGUAUGCAGGCGUACUGGGUCCAGGCGGGCGAUUCCUGUUGGGAAAUUGCGGAUAGCCAUGGGUAUACGCUUGAGCAGCUGCGGCAGUGGAACCCGAAGGUUGAGUGUGAGGUGUUGAUGCCUGGAACGACGGUUUGUUUGCCUGGAGACAGUAAGUAGGCAAAGGGAGGAUAUAUAUUGUGGGACAUUUCGUGGAUGGAUGGAUGGACGCGUAUCUCUGUCAUAUUGGUAUUUCUGUAGCUUAUUUGCAUGCUCGUUCUCUGUAAUAUUUAAUAGACUUUCAUAAUCUGUUCAGUGUUAUAUCUCACAACGCUUGCAGUUCGUCAAGAUUCAUAGUCAUUUUCUACCUGAACACGCGCAGAAACCUCAGUCUUCUCUAG